AUGGGUAGCCACCACCGACAAACCUGGUCCCUCUUUGCAGCGAUCGAACAGCGAUCAGUUCAGCGCGGGUGUGCCGGGGUUAAAGAGAUGGCCCGGCAAACAAGGUGCUGCAUCUUCUUGGGCCUUGCCCUGCUUCUUCCAGAACUUCGCAGCCCCAGCACCUGGGUGACAAGUCCCAGAACUGAUGCGGCCACGGGCUACUACACUGCAGCAUUAAAGGGUGCCGCUAAGGUGGAGGGCAGCCAUAGCAACUCCUUCAAGCGCUUGGCACAGCUCCACUUCCGUGCCGUGGAGCUGCGAAGGCAACGGAGCUGGAACGGUGCCACGGAGGUCUACCGCAAGGCUUUAGCGCUGCAAGAAACAAUGCCUGAAGUGAAGGAAGUGCCCAAGUUUGCGGUGGCUGCAUGCUCUUGGUUGAACUUGGCCCUAACGCAGCAGAACAACAAAUGCCUCGACAAAGCGCGGCAAACCUUCCAGGAAGGCACUCGUAUGGUCCAAGAGUUGAUGCACCGCGACUUAGACGUCUGGAUCGAUGGCCGCCAUCGACUGCGAUCGCACCGCCAACUGUCCGUGGACAGUUCAGAGCAGCUGCGUGUGGCUUGCCGCUGGUUGGCCACGCUUCUGGUGGCCUGGGGUCUGCUGGAAACGAAGACGGGUCACCGGGGACGCGCCAAGGUCACCUCAGAGACACUUCACCCGCAGAGGACAAAACCUUGCAGCUGCUGGUACUUCACCCGGAACGGCCAUUGCCCACACGUGUACGCGGCGCAGCAUCUGAGGGGAGUUUCCAGCCACGGCCAUGCGCUGCGGAGAAUGAAGAAGUGGAGCAUGGGCACAUAGU